GUGACGUCACGCUCCCAGAAUGCACGGCUUCCAGCGCGGUGCCAGCGGCCAGGCCCAGACUCGAAUAAACAUCUUUUAAAGCCUUCAUCUGUCCAAAAUGUCCACGUGGAAGCCAAAUGGAGCGCGGUGGAAGAUCGCGGCGUUGUGCCAGGCGGUCUUUUAAGAUGUUGAGCUUCUUCUGCUGAACACCAACCGACUCUUGAGUCAACAGCAGAAAUUAUCCAAACUGCAGCCCACUAGGGUUGCUAUGGCAGGUGCUGUCACCGAAACCAAGCGCUGGACACAGGCCUGUCCCAUCGAGACAGGACAGACCACACGUCAUUGUCACAAGAGAUCAUUAAAUAGUCAACAAACUGCACUUAGUAUUAUUGCAAGCACACGGAGAUAACCCAACAGCCUGAGAUCAGAGAGUUGAUGGCCAGCGACCUGUAGAAUCCUCAUGAGUGUUGCUAGCAUCUGCUCCUACACGCUCAGUUUUUCAACGCAACCAGCAUCGUCCCCUUGGGACAAUGUUCCACCAGCAAGAACAACUAAAGGGUCAGCUGCAGGAUAGCCACAUAGCCAAUAGGCAGCUUGGUUUUCACUGCCAGGAGUGUGGGAAGCAAUACAACACUCAGCUGGGCUACAGGCGCCACCUGGUGGAGGCUCACAGUGCCGGCGCGGGCCUGCCCUGCUCGGAAGGGACACCGUCGCUGCUGGAGCACCUGGGUGCCGGCCAUAUUGAUCGGCCGCCUCCAGCAGAGGGCAAUACUAAUGCGGUCGUGGCGGUGAGAGAGAGGAAAUAUUCCUGUGAGCGAUGCGACCGACGUUUUUACACCCGCAAGGACGUACGUCGCCAUGCCGUGGUGCACACGGGACGGCGCGAUUUCUUGUGUCCCCGUUGUGCUCAGCGCUUCGGCCGCAGAGACCACUUGACCCGUCACUUGAAGAAGAGCCACGUGCAUGACGCGGGAUUGAUACCGCUGGUUACAGCCAGUACUCCCGUGGCGACAUCCACCACAACCACCCAGUGUCCCAUAAAGGAAUCCAGCCCUUUAGCCUCGGAUAGAAGCUCGACCGCCUCCAAGGAACCCGUGGAGACCUACACCAGGGACAUGUUCAACUCCUACCCCAUUACCAACCCUGUCCCCGGGAUGAGUCAUCCGCACGGCCUCAUGCAGGUGUCUUUGUCCUCAAGCAUGAGCGUCGGUCGCCAUAUGCCUCCGCCGUCUCCUCACAACCACCAUCAUCACUUGCAGCCUCUGUCGGCGCCGCCGCAGCAGCAGUCGUACGGCAGCAUGCCCAGGUACCAGCAAGGAUCUACCUCAUAUCCUCGCACUGACGUGGACAGUUUCCUGCUGGAUCUGCAGGGUGCCCCUCCUCCUCACCUCAGCUCAGUCAACUCUUCUACCUCGACGUCCACCUCUCCUCAAAGGGAGAUGCUCGCUGAAGGGAUGCCUGUCGGCAGUGAUCCCCACCUAGUGCCCCGGAAUGCUGCUAUCUCCUCAGCUGAGCUUUCCUGCACCACUAACAUGGAACUUGGGCCACUGUUGGGCUUCUUGCCUUUCAGCCUGCCACCUUACAGCUCUCAUGUAGGAAUGGGUGGGCUGAUGAUGGGUUAUCCCCCUGCUACCACCGCCACCUCCUCGCCAACCUCUUCCAGUGGGUUGUCCUCCCAGGCUUCAGGGCCUUUUACAUUCUUCCAGCCUUCUCAGGCUCAUGUGCCCCAGGGCCCCGUGGCCCACAACCAUAGCCAACUACCUCAGGCAUACAGCACUUCUGCUGUUAGCACUUCUAGCUCCUUACCUCAUUACUACCAGGCAUUUCAGCAAUAAGCGGUUUUGUGUCCACAAAUUACUCUUCACUGCGUGUCUUUUUCCUGUCAAAGGUCAAAUGAUAUCAUUACCUUAUUCACUGCCGUUGACGGUUAUAGACGUCAAAGUUCCAUUUUAACUGGGCUAGCAGUGAAUGAGUUAACUAUCCAACAUUUAUGUGUCUUCUCCUUUUGUUGCUCUGAUAGAUUAUUGGUGAACACAACAAAUCACCUCAUCAGUAUUACCUCAUUAUUUAAAAAAAAAAAAAAAAAGUAGCUUGAAUGCACAAAUGUUGUCUUUCUCACUACAAUCAACAGAGUAAUUCAUUCAAAUCUACAACAGUUAAUGCACUUGAUCCAGUUAUCACAUGUGUUAUGUGGUGGCGACCUGCUUGAACAUAACAAAUAUCCAGUAUAGCGCACACUCAGACAUGUCACACAUGUAAAGUCAGCUUGAAGCACUGCGUUCAAAGAGGCCACAUCAGCAUGGUGACACAAAUUCCACUGAAAUGCUUUUACCUUUUGUAACGGUUUGUUUCUGUAAUCACAAAUACAGAAUGCACUUAAGAUUAGUUUUCACCAUUACAUACCUUUUCGUUUUAAAUGUCUAAUUCGCAUUAGUGAUGGCAUCGUGUUUCUUUUUGUUCGAUUCUCUGCAGACUAAAACAUUUGACCAUGUUGUUUAGUGAGAUUAUCUGUUAGUUACAAUGGUUACUCUUUGACACCAAAUACCUUUGAAUAUAAACUGACCACCCAAAACACUAUAAUUGCUUGCACAGCAGUGAAUAUCAGAUACUAGAGCUGUAUGCUACUCUUACAAGGGCGAUGCUAAUGAACAGUUGCACUGCGUCAUAAUGAGAGUUGUGACUGAACUGAACUUUAUAUUGGUUAUGGCAGAAUAUUUGAUACAGUACUUGUUGGAUAACAUUGUGCAAACGGUCAUAAUGAUUACCUUUAAGUGGCGGUCCGUGUAUUUAUUUUCUUUAAAGAGGAGGUCAACCCCAACGUGGGUAUGUAUGUGCCCUCAUGGCAUUGUGAUUAAGAUUGCAUUUGUGGAAUAUGAAUUAAACAGGCAAAAUCCAACUGCUCUUAUUCAUCCCAGGGAGCGGCCAUUUUGUCACUUGCUGUCGAUAAAAAAUGACUUCACAGUUGAUCUCGGGUCACAACCAAUCACGGCUCAUCUUAAAAAAUUUGGUGAGCCAUGAUUGGUUGUGACCCGAGCACAACUGUGAUGUCAUUUUCAGUCGACAGCAAGUGCCAAAAUGGCUGCCCCCUGAAAUGGAUAAAAACAGGUGGAUUUUUCUUGUUUAAAUCAUAUUCCACAGUCAAAACAUUAAUCAGAACACUGUGUUUUGACUAUUUGGGUUGGACAGAACAAUUUAUUACAUAGACAACUUUGAGUUGACUUUCACUUUAAAGCUUCUGUUCUAUGCCUUUCCAUCUCUGACCAUGCAAGCCUUCAGGGAGCUUGCAACCAGCAACCGUGCCCGUAGCAUGACUAUACAUUUCUGUCUAUAAUGCCUAAAUGUCUUACAGGGAACGUAGUUGGUCACUGUGCAAAUCAGGAAGGUCCCCUCGUGAGCUUGAGUGAUACUUAAAAUAAAAUGCGUCGUUUCUUUCUUGGGGUGACGCUAAUCCUAUCAUUCAUCCAACUACAGUUGCCAUGGGGUCAGUUACAGCAGUCCAAAGUUUAAAGAACAAAUUUUGAUUUCAUAGGGAUUGUACUUUUAGAUAUUUGGAAGUGUCCAAACAAUAUCUGCCUCACAAACCCAUUGGAAUGUUUUUCUUCUAAAGUGCCAAGAUUUGAAGCUUCUAUUUUAAAUAAUUUCCCCCUACAACUUAUAGUCGAUUCUGAUCUGUUUGCCAUUUGUAUAUGUUUUGAGGCAAAAAAUGGGCGCUUAAACUGAUUUGAGGUGAGCUGGAAGAUUUUUUUUUUUAAAGUGUAAUUUAGGAAUUUAGGUCCUCUUGGUGUGAGCAAGUAUGAUCAUUGCUGUUUUGACAUAGCACAGCAAAACUAUUCUAGACUUAUGUGUAGCCUUUUCUAAUAUUAUUCAUGACAUUGUCGGCCAUUUUCCCUUCAGCAUAUUGCUGGCUCUCCGGAGCUUUGAAUGAAAUUGGGACUUAAACCCACCUCCAUAUUGAAGACAAUAGCAAUCCAUUCCUUUUAUAAUCUAGUCACACGGUCGAGAUGAACGGAUCCCAAGCGGGAUUCCAGUCGUGGGAACUCCCUUCACGAACAUUGCCGCAAGUCAAAACGACUAUUGUGAUACCGGAAUGAAGGCAUGCAAAGAGAGAAUGCUUAUUUAUCUCUUUUAAAUCCGUUAACUCUGCUGAUUUGACUGUUCCACUAGCAUUGUCACUAGCCUCGGUGUUGCACCAAUGUCAAAAUGCUACUGCUGUGUGUCUCUCUCAGAGAGUGUCUAAUCUCUUGACAGGGUUAAAGCACUUAUGACAUUUCUUAUAUAUAAAUUUUGUUUUAUACCUCAAACACAGAAAUAAGGGUUUCUGAUUUUCUUGAUUUAGUUCUAGUCGUUUGGGCGCUUUUUCCAUUUAGUUUUAAACUUUUGAUGGUAGCGUUUAUGAGUUAACUUUAAUAUAGUGGCAGACAUUAUUAUUAUAUAAUAAACAUUCUACCUCUAUCUUGUCAUAUCUUUCUGCAAUAUCAUAAAGUGUUUAAAGCUGUAACAGACAUUUUCCCACCGAAAUUGAUUUUGUUGAAAUUGAACUUUGAAGGACAGGAUACACACUCUGAUCAGAGGUGUAGUCCACUGAAUCAAGCAUUGUUCUGUGUACUUGCCUUUAAUGAUAUAUCUACUUAUUUACUACCUCAGAAGUGACAGGCAACUGCUUAUCUAACUGCGGAGAAAAUGUCUAGGAUUUAAAGUUUUGUUUGCUGUACAGUAGAUUAAUGAGAGUACCUCUUAGCGUAAUAUCAAGUACAGGCUGUUUUCCUCUCAUCUGACGUUAGUACCGCAUCAACCUGUAAAUGUAAUUGUUACAUGUAGUAAAGCGGGGAGAAUUCGGAUACUUUGGAUUCGCGGUGGGCGACGCCUGUAAUGAACAUGACUGCCACUUGUAUUACACAUCUUGUAACUGAAUCAUGUUUUACUAUUUUUGUGUCAGCUAAAGGGACAGAAUAUUUUCAGAUGUGAAAACAAUGAUAAAUGCAGUACCCUUUAAUAGGGUUUGGUUGUAUUUAGCAUUUUAACAAGGCAUACAACUAAAUCGUUUCGUUGUCUUGAAUGUACACACUGAAAGCUAAAAACAAACUUAAAAAAAAAAAACUUGUCAUGCUGUCCUUGCAGAAAGUCAUUUUAAUAGGAACAUUGUACACUUACUGUACACCAGUAUGCUACAAACGUAGCAAAUGAAUGUCAACCAGGCUUUGGUUCGAGGUACUGUACUUGAUAAAUUGCAAGGAUUUCAAGUAUUAUGUAAUGCCAACAUGUAACACUUUGAGCUGUCUGCAUUGUGUAUAACAAAACAUACUGUGGUCAAUGGUCACAUGUAUGUCAACAACUGAACUCAUGUUUACUCUCUCCUGACUAUGUAAAAACACGAGCCAGAUUUCAUUUUCCAUCUGUGAUUGUGAAAUACAGUUAUUAGUCUUUGGAAUACUAAAAGGUUGGCUGUGAACAAAGCGUUCUCAUUUUUCUUAGUUGUUUGCAUUAUCACUUCAUAGCAAUUUAGACCAAGGAAGGAAGGUUAAUUGUUAUUUUCUUGUCUAAGCAAAACAAAAUAAAUAUGUAGAAUUACA